AUGGCUCCUGUUUCAGUACUAGGAAAUGGAUUUACCUUCAGCGUCCUAAGCAGAGAGACGAGUGGUUUUGACGAUGUUACGAAACAAAUUCUGAAGUCAUUUACGAUAGCGAACAUUGUCCUCGGGAUCGGAGAAGCACUGGUAUCGCAGGCACAGCUUCACCUCUCAACGGACGCGAAGAGAGACAUUGUCUGCCUUUACCAUGGCCCAUUCCUUUAUCUGUGUUUCUUUUUUAUACUAUCUUUAACUUGUCUCCUGAACGUCAUUCGUUAUAUCACGGUCACAAGACCCCUAAGAUAUCACUUGAUAGUAACUGAUCACAGAGUAUCAGUGGCUAUUGGAAUAGCAAUAGUGGAAUCCCUACUUCUAACCACAAUCAUAGCACCAUUUCCAGGAACUCCCGCGGAACAGUUUCACAGACACUUGUGCUCGCAGGACGAAGAAAAAGUAAAAGGCAGUUACUAUCUCAUGUUCUUGAUUGCCUACGUGAUCCUAGUGGCUGGUAUAACAAUAACCUCGACAGUCAGGUUGUUGUGUAUUUCCAGAAGGCAGUCGAAAGCCAUUGCAGGUUUUCAAGAACACACCUUUAAAGGAGCCUCCAGUAGUUCAGGAGAGACCCAUGUCACCCACCAGAGCCUUCAGACCGUCAACACAUCGGCUGCUAAUUCCAAAUCGGAUGGGAGUGACAGAGUGGCUGCAAUCACGAAGAGACAGCAUUCUCGUAAUAGGAGAGCCUUCUUGACCAUAUUUAUAUUGAACAUUGUGGUCAUUGUCUCAUGGAUCCCUCUGACUAUCUUCUACAGCCUUGCCUUUAGCGGUGUCAAGGUGUCACCAAUCUUGAAGUGCGUUAUGAUGAUAUCCAUCAUGUCAACAACUUGCUGGCAUUGGCUCGUUUAUAUCACAACUAACAAGUUGUUUCGUGAAACAGCCUUGGCUAUCCUUCAGAAAUUCUGGGCCAGAUUAUCCCAGCGCUAG